AUGCCCCCAAAAGGAAGCAAAGCCACCGGCCCCAGCUCAGGCGACAGCUCUCGCGUCCGCCAAGCCGUCACCAAAAAGACAAAGGACAAGAAAACCGACAAGAAGGAAGAGAAACCACCACGACCAAAAGUCCUCGAGCGUGAGGAGAAGAAGCAGGCCAAGAAGGACGCCAAGGCGGAGAAGAAGGAGAAGGCUUUUGAGGAUCUCGAGGCGGGGGUUACUCCUAAGGUGGUUAGUCGGAAGCUGGGGUCGAAGGCGAGGGCGAAGACGAGGAGUCAGGAUCGGAAGGCGAAGGAGGCGGGGCGGGUUGGGGAUGAGGAGUGA